ACCUGUAAUUACCCAUCUUCUACACUAGGGGGCGCCAAUGGGGUCGUCAAGACUCCAAGAGCCAUUAGCCACAGCCAGCACAAAUGGCAGGGGAUGCUGGGACAUGUAGUCCAACAAAAAAAAAACAUCCCCAGGCUUUCCACGUUAUUCACCCCCCCCUUCUCCCGAGUAAGCCUCUCAAGGAACUCCCAGGGAGCAGCUUCUGAGGUCAACGCACUCAGGAUCUUGGGAUUUAAAAAGCAGCAGUAAAUUAUCCCACUGAAGACAUCACCAUGCAGCAGCAUGGGCGGCCAUCCUCUUUCAAAAUGUCAUACUUGAAGAUUGCAAUUUCCAUCAUCAUUUUGACUUCUAUAGUGACCUUUUCCUACCUCCAGAAAAAAACCACUAGUACUCCCCAGAAAAUGUUCUGCAAAGGAAUUUCUGCUACUGGUAGUAUCACACCCUUAGAAGAUAACAAAACUUUCAUCAUUGCUGCCUACGCAGACAAACGACAGAACGGGAGAAGCAUCGUCCGGCUGAUUGGAAUAGUUCACUACAGAGAUGUGCAACACCUUUACUGCUGGUUCUGUUGCCCAUCUCGUAAGAAAAUACGCAUCUCCGAAGCGGAAAUAGAUGUCCAUUCGGAUCGGUUCGAUUUCCCGUAUGGCACCACAGACCUGUGUUGCUCAGAACCCAAAGACUGUGCACCAAACUAUGUAUCAGUGCACUGGAGCCGUCAAGGAAAGAUUGACCAAAUGCCCCAGUUUGAAAUAAAAAACCGUGACACGGAGAGUUUGCUGAUGGAAUUCACGGUCUGUAUCUCCACCAUGUUUGGAAGGUUCAACAACGUCCUUCAGCUGGUGCAGAGCAUAGAGAUGUAUAAAAUUCUCGGGGCGAAGAAAGUGGUCAUCUACAAGAACAGCUGCAGUCAACUGGUGGAAAAAGUGUUGGAGUUUUAUGUCACAGAAGGGACCGUGGAAGUCAUCCCUUGGCCAAUUCAAUCAUACCUUAGCGUUUCUCCUUACUGGCAUCAUAAAAGGGCCGGCAAAGACAUUGGGUACUACGGACAAAUUACAGCCCUUAAUGACUGCCUCUAUCGCAACAUGUACAAGAGCAAGUACGUCCUGCUGAAUGACAUUGAUGAAAUUAUUCUGCCCGUGAAAUAUCCAGAUUGGGGAACCAUGAUGCGGGACCUUCAGAGGGAAAACCCCCACAGUGCGGUGUUUCUCUUCGAGAACCACAUCUUCCCCAAUUCCGUUUUCAUGCCAAAUGAUCUUUUCAACACCUCGUCUUGGAAUGCGGUUCCUGGGAUUAACAUAUUGCAGCAUGUCCUGAGGGAACCUUGGAGGUACACGGUCUUCAAUCUACAGAAAAUGAUUGUGGAUCCAAGGAAAGUGAUCCAGACCUCGGUCCACACUGUCCUCAAGUCGUAUGGGAGCAGCUUUUAUGUCGGGAGCGAUGUGGCUUUGAUAUACCAUUGCAGAGCUCCCCACCGACCAAAUCUGCCGAGAGAAUCUUUGAUUGAGGACAAAACCCUCUGGAGAUACAACAAGUCAUUGAUCGGGAACGUCAACAGAGUUCUACAGCAUACAGUGUUAUAAGCCAAAAAAAGGGAAGAGUCCAAAUAUAUAAUGUUCAAACAAAGACACUAAAGAUCUGCUCAGCUCGUUAGCCAGAAUCGGCAAAGUUCUUGUUGGACCUUGGCCAUCAUAUACAACAUGCAGAAAGAUGUUUCCACGUGAGGUGCUUGUUACACCAAUUCUCUGCUUUGUAUGUAGAUGACGGUUCCCUGCAAUGAUGGGGCAAUUCCCACUCGGACUUUUUGUGUGUUUGUUUUCUUCUUGUUCCGCAAUUCCUAAACUUUGGAGUGCUUGCAAAAGGCAGGGAGGAGACGGGACAACAUACUGAAUCGAUUCCUUCGUACAGUCUUCUGUUGUUCUAUAACAACCCACCUCCUUAUGAUGCAAGAAUUACUUAACGUUCUUUUGGGUCACGGCACGGAUGGACGUAGCCAAAGAGUAGAACUCGGAGA